GAAGAAUGGUGAUACAUCUCAAAAAGUAGAGUCGCAGGAAAUCUUGACACAAUUCUGGAGAAGUUGGGAUAGUCAACAUCAAAACUACAAUUGCGGCUGCAAAGAAUUACUUGUUUAUGUGUUGGGACCAUGGAGGAAUGUCAUGAUUGGGCCCCAAUCAAGAAUGGUCCAACACAAUGACACUGACCUCACAGUUGUGCCACAAGGCCCAUCCAAGCCAGCAGAGCUCCCUACGCUCUGUCCCAUCCCACCAACACACUUUCGUUCCUUUCGGCAUCAGCAGGACUGUAAUCUCAUCACCAAGGCUGUGCAUUACUUGAGCCACAGUGGAUUUUAUUUUGGUCCCAUGGAUGUGGAUGAGGCUCAUACACAACUUGCCAAGCUCCCACUAGGGACGUUCUUAAUCAGGGACAGCAUGCAGGCAAAUGUUUUCUUCACUCUAAGCUAUCAGGCUCCCGAGGGACCAACCAGUGUACGGGUGCUUCUCAAAGAUGGGGUUUUUAGUUUGGCCGGGAGUAAACACAAUUUCCCUUGCCUAUUUGUCCUGUUGCAAUACUAUAUAGCCUCCCCAAAAAAGAGCCUGAGUAUGCCCUAUCGUGGAGAAGCAGCACAGAGCCUACAAGAACUGGCAAGGAGAGCAGUAGUGCAAAGUUUCGGGAAAGAUAGGAUUCAACAACUGCCUGUGAGCAAGAAGCUUAAAGAAUUUCUGUGGUUGUACCCAUUUAGUAUAUGAACAUAUAACAGAUUGUUACAGAUUGCAGCUUUUCACAUUUUGCCUUUAAGAAAGCAUAAUUUUUUUUGAUUGCCCAACUAGAACAUACUGUAAUGUUUUUAACUGAGUGAUAGUUUGGGCUAUUUUCAGAAAAAUGCACUACAACAAAGUUUUAUUUGAAAGAUACUGCUUAAUAAGUAGCCUACAUUACAUUGGUACUGGUAAAGGACUAUAAUCUGUAUUACUGAAUAUCAGAAUCAGAUCAGAAUCAGAAUGAGCUUUAAUGCCAAGUGUGCUCACAUACACAAGGAUUUUUUUUUUUGGUGAUAGGGGAAACAAGCAAGUGGACACAGAAUAUUACAGGGAGUCACAGAAUAUAAAACAAGGUAAAAGUAUAAAUAGACACAAAGAAAAGAAAAUAUGAACACUUUGUUACUUUUAAAUAUUAUAGUUUGUCUUUAUAUAUGAUUGUAAACCAUCAAAUACAAAGCACAGGUAGUGGCCGAUGUCAGUAUGAACAUUUAAAUUAUGGAUUCUUUGUAUUCGUACAUACUCGAUAUACAGUACAACAUGUAGACUAUAAAAUCUAUAGUGUUUAUUGUAAUUCAACAAUAUUCUGCCAUGCAGAUACUCAAAGCAUUUCACCCAGUUUGAUGUUAAAAUAUUUUUG